CGCUUACGUGUCCCGAAGGUCUCGUCUCGUGGGCGAGCGAAUCUGCGUCAAGGUGUGACGGGGGGCGCCGGCGCACGGUCAGACUCCGCGAGCCAGUCGGCAGCGACGCGCGCGCACGCUGCGACAAACGACACGAACGACUCUCGCGACCAUUCCUAUUACAAUACAUGGCAAUUGUUUGACAAUAUUAUGUGAUAGAACCUAUAUAAUUAACGUAUUUAAAAAAUUAUUUAAUCGUAAUUUAAGAAUCUCUUAGGUUUUAGUUUUACAAUUUUAAACUAAGUGGGACCAAAAUGACAAUCAAAAAUAAAAAGACUAAACAGUCGAAGUCGGAAUUGACUUCGUCCAGUACCAGUGCGUCUACAAGUAGUGUUCAGAAAAGCAGCACUACCAAAACUGUGCAGCAGAGCAGCAACACCUUGCAGAAAACCAGUUCGUCGGGCAAAAAAGUUCGUUAUAUUGAGGUAAAGGUUGAGGAAGACGACCCGUUAAUGAUUACUGAUGUCACCGAUCAUUCGAUAAGCGGCUCUACUAUAUCAGAAUGCUACAAUAGCCAUCCGCAUUAUAUUAUAACAGAAGCCCCAUCUAUUCCGGAUCUUUCACAAACUAGACAGGAGUUGCAAGUCAGUGACAUGGCCCAGGCCCAUACUGGUGAGUUCGUGUCCAGUUCUGUUUUACAAGAAUCCUCCAUUUCACAUCAUCAACAGAGUUCAAAAAGUGAAACUCAUCAAUCUUCAACAUCUGUUCAACGUUCUGGCUCAACUCACAGUCAGUCAUUCGACAGGACUAUGGACUCCUCGACGGGCAGCCAGACCAUGAACACUGCUUUUAUUGAUACGUCAUCGAAUGCUAAACCGACAUUUUUAUCAAGAUCUAAAGGUGCAAAUGUAACUGAUUCUUUUAUCCAGUCUGAACGACAAGAGUUAUUAAAUCAAUCUUUGCAAAAAUCAAAUAACAUGACAUCUGAAUCUGUAAGUCAAACACAUGACACCAGCAAUAAAAAAUAUAUUAAUCAACAUGAUAGUAAUACUCAUAAAAACAUCCCCGAUCGGUCAAAAAGAAUUCAAACAACUGGCUCAGAGACUUCAAAGUUUUAUGGAGGCGAAGGCAGCUUAGACAAAAAUGUCAAAACAAAAGAAUACAGUACCACAUCUCAGACAAGUGAGACUAAAAGUAGCAAUGUAGCUAAAUCUUCAUCUUCUUCCUACGUUAUUGAGAUUGUUGAUGGUAAGGAACGUAUUAUAGACAGUUCAACGAGGGAAUGGGGUGACGCUAAGGAACAAGCUUCAUCAGAAGCUUAUGCAAGUGUUAGUGGCACAGGAAUUAAGCCCCAAUCUGUACACAGUUCCCAAGCUUAUGAUAUGAAAUCUAAUUACGAUACGGGGAAAGAUGGUCAAACGCCAACAAGUGGAAUGACACUGAAAGAACAUUCAAAGCUCAUCAAGGAUGGGAAAGAAGUUUCUACUCAUGAAAGUGUUAUUUCUGAGAAAGAUAACUAUAAACAAAAACAGCUCACAUCAAGUAAAAAUAAUAUUAUUACUCAAGAUCAACAGCAAUAUUCGACUACUGCAAAUGAUACUUAUAGUUCGAAAUCUGUAAAUCAAACUGAUAAAAAUGUAACUGAAAGUAAUUUAAGCAACAAACAAAUGGUGUCUGACCGAAGACUAAAUAAAAAUGCUACGGAUUCAUCAAACUUUUAUGGUUACGAUUCUACUAUACAGAAUCAGCUAAAUAAAGUUGGUGACAUUCUUCAAGUUGAUGAUACAAAAAAUAUAAACUUUUCUACAAAAAAUUUAAAAAGUAAUACCAGCAGUGCUCAGCAAGCUUCAACAUCUUCAUAUGUAUUUGAAGUAGUCGAUGGUAAAGAAAGAAUAGUGGAUAGUUCCCACAGAGAAUGGGGAGAUAGUAAAGAACAUGCCACUUAUGAAAAAGCUCACAAUGUUCAUGGAACUAACAAGAAGCCUGAAAGUGAAUAUACUAGGCAUGUUCUUGAUAAAGAAUCUCAUUAUGACACAGGCUUAGAUGGAGUUCCAAAAAGUUCCACCCAAAUUUCUGAAGACUCAGUUAUGUACAAAAAUGGCAAAGAAAUUGCCGCGACCAGUAAUGUAUAUGCCGGUGACUUCACAAAGAAAAAAGCUAUUACAGAACACAGGAAAGAUACAGAAGACGUAUUGAAUAAACGUAUUCAAGACACUUCUGACAAAGUACAUUCCACUACUUAUGAAACGUCCUCUUCUGAUACUCUAUCUCACUCGAAAGAUCACACAGACUUAACAAAAGUAUCAGAUUUUUUAACAACUGAGAAGCAAAAUAUAGAAAAGCAGAACUUAACACAGGAGAGCACUUCUUCAUCCACAUCUCAAACAAAGGAUACUAGGACUACAUACGAGAGAAGUACAGGAACCUGGAAUGGAAAGUUCGUUUAUGAAAAAGAUGAUGACAGACCCAAAAAGCCUAAAGAAAUGUCUCCAUUUGGUCGCCCAGAACAGCCAAGACAUCACUUAAAACGUCAAGAUACCAACGAAAACAUUAUUCUAUCUUCUAGAGAUAUAAAAGAUUUCACAUCCAUUACUGAUUUACGUAAAAUAAUCGAGUCGUCCCAGUAUAAAAAAGAUGUAACAGUUAGCAAUAAAAACAUAGUAAUCAAUAGGAACAUCGACGACCGUGUCCUAAAAGAAAUUAUUGAAACAGUAAAAAAAUAUCCAUUCAAGAAAAUCAGUAAAGUAACAUACGGGACUAAAAUCAAUGAGGAUGUGAAAGAUCUCUACGAAGGAAUCGAUAGUGAAGAAACUCGUGUCGUUAGAACUACUACCGGUGAUGCAACCAGAAAAUCAUUCGAGGUUGAAAAGAACAUUAGUCAGAUUGAAGUCACUCGAUAUAUCACAGAGAAUGGUAUAACCAGAAAGAUAACGACUUAUGAAGAUGCAAAGGAAGAUGACAAGAUAAGUACUAACGUCUUCGUCGACAAAAGCGCGGUAGACUUCGAGAAAUUGAGAGAUGUCCAAACAACGGAAGACGUGAUUCGAGAGUACGACGUGGUGGACAGAGCGAUCACGAACACCACAAGAGAGGAUACCACCGUCAGCACCGUCUACGACGAAACCAUCGACAGGAAGACAGUGCGUGACGACAGGACCAUCGUAGAGGAAACCGUCGAUAUUCACGAGACCAGACCGAAGCAUGGCGGCCCCAAGAAGCCGGAGAAAAUCAACCAGGAGCAGUGCAUUUGCGAAAUGUGCACUUGUGGGCGUCACCGUUGCCCACACAACGAUGUCCCGGAGCCAUUGUUCGAUGUGGAGCACACGACCAGCGUGGUCUCCGCAUACAAACAGGACUACGACGAGAAACACGUCACCCGCACCACCGCGGUACAUCAUGAAGAUCAUCUACAUUUAGAAGGUGACUUCCAGGAACCGGAGCGUCCUAAGUGGCAGCCCGCAGAGAGACCCAAACAAAAAAAACCUGAAGACAAUCUCAAACCAGAAGGCGAUUUCGAGAAGAGACGUCCUGAGGAAUGGCGCCCAGGAGAGAGAGCUCCAGUCAAAAAACCAGAAGAUAAUCUUAAACCUGAAGGUGACUUCGAAAAAAGGCGCCCAGAAGAAUGGCGCCCAGGCGAUAGAGCACCCGUACGACGUCCUGAAGAUAACCUCAAACCCGAAGGUGAUUUUGAAAAACGUAAACCUCAUGAAUGGCAGCCCGGAGAUCGAGCUCCCGUACGUAAGCCUGAUGACAAUUUAAGACCAGAGGGUGAGUUCACUACCCCUGAUAAGGAACCAUGGAGACCUGCAGAAAGACAAAAGCCUAAGAAACCUGACGACAACUUAAAACCUGAGGGUGAGUUUGAAAAACGUACACCACAAGAAUGGCAGCCCGGUGACAGAGCACCAGUUCGGCGUCCUGAAGAUAACCUUAAGCCUGAAGGUGAUUUUGAAAAACGUCGACCUGAGGAUUGGAAACCCGGAGAGAGAGCUCCAGUUCGCCGUCCAGAAGACAACUUAUAUCCUGAAGGUGAAUUCGAAAAGCGACGCCCCGAGGAAUGGCGGCCUGGAGAUCGUGUACCGAUGCGCCGCCCAGAAGAUAAUUUAAAGCCUGAAGGAGACUUUGAAAAACGUAAGCCUGAAGCAUGGCAACCAGGAGAUAGAGCUCCAGUUAAACGUCCUGAAGAUAAUUUGAGACCUGAAGGAGACUUUGAAAAACGCAAGCCCGAACAAUGGCAGCCUGGUGAUAGAGAACGAAUUCGACGACCUGAGGAUAAUUUAAGGCCAGAAGGAGAAUUUACAACUCCCGAAAAGGAACCUUGGCGCCCAGCAGAGCGACAACAGCCGAAAAAACCCGAGGAUAAUCUUAGACCUGAAGGCGAUUUUGAAAAAAGGAAACCCGAAGAAUGGCGUCCUGGUGAUAGAGCCCCUGUCAAGCGUCCAGAAGACAAUCUCAAGCCUGAAGGUGAUUUUGAAAAACGCAGACCUGAAGAGUGGCGCCCUGGAGAUAGGGAGCCAGUACGACGUCCAUACGAUAAUUUACGACCCGAAGGAGAAUUUUCCACCCCAGAAAAAGAGCCCUGGCGCCCAGCUGAACGUCAAAAGCCUAAGAAACCAGAAGAUAAUUUAAGGCCUGAAGGUGACUUCGAACAACGUCAACCAGAAGAAUGGCGUCCUGGUGAACGAGCACCGGUGCGAAGACCUGAUGAUAAUCUUAAACCGGAAGGAGAAUUCACAACUCCGGAAAAGGAGCCUUGGAGACCUGCAGAACGUCCUAAACAAAAGAAACCACAAGAUAAUCUCAAACCAGAGGGAGAUUUUGAAACAAGGCAACCAGAAAAAUGGCAACCAGGUGAACGUGAACCAGUCCGCCGACCCGAAGACAACCUCAAACCUGAGGGAGAAUUUACAACUCCUAAAAAAGAAGAAUGGAAGCCAGCGGAACGACCAAUACAGAAGAAACCUGUUGACAAUUUAAGACCUGAGGGUGACUUUGUCAAAAGACAGCCUGAUGAAUUUAUCCGCGCGGAAAAAACAGAGAUAAUACGUCAUCAGGAUAAUAUAAUUACGGAAGGCGAGUUCACAGAUACUACAACUACCCGAUCAGAAUAUACAACAAAACCAGUAGAGAGGCCAACACCAGUUCGCCGUAAUACAUGGACAAAGAUAGAAGGAGAAAUGAUCACUGAAACCACCAAUAAAUCUGAAUUUAUUGAUUAUACCGAUAUUGUUGAGAGAACUACAAUGGUCGCGAAGAGAACUGAUAAUAUUAUAAGAGAAGGAGAAGUUGAUUACAUAACAUCCAACCAAGAGGACUUCACACAAAAAAUUGUGCCCGUUGAACGCCCUCAAAGACGCCGUACUUGGACAAAAGAAGAUUUUGAAAAGUUUUAUUCUACAGAAGAUCUUCAAAAAAUUACUACAUCUCAGGAGGAGUAUAGAACUUUUGAGGAAGUCGAUGUAAGACAACAACAAAUCAUAAGAAGAGAUAAUUUACACGUACGAGAAGGUGACAUGGAACAUCACACUGUAUCGCAAGACGAUUAUGGACCAAAAAUAUCAGAAAAACCGAAACAAAAGAAACCUAUUGACAAUUUAAAACCUGAGGGAGAGUUUGAGAAACCACAUCAUGAAGAAUGGAAACCAGCUGAACGCCAGACACCUAAAAAGCCUCAAGAUAAUCUAAGACCGGAGGGUGACUUUGAAACUCCUAAGCAUGAUGAGUGGAAACCAGCUGAAAAACGUGAACCUACCAAACCCAAAGACAAUCUUAAACCAGAGGGUGAAUUUGAAAGUCCUAAGCAUGAAAAGUGGAGGCCGGCUGAAAAAAGAGAGCCAACCAGACCCAAAGAUAAUCUAAAACCCGAAGGAGAAUUCGAGCAACCCAAGCAUGACGAGUGGCGGCCAGCUGAACGUCAAACACCAAAAAAACCACAGGAUAAUCUCAAACCAGAAGGUGAGUUUGAAACACCUAAACAAGACAAGUGGAGACCAGCUGAAAAACGGGAACAGACCAAACCUAAAGACAACUUGAGACCAGAAGGAGAAUUUGAAACACCAACGCAUGAUAAAUGGAGGCCAGCUGAAAAACGUGAGCCAACUAAACCUAAAGAUAAUUUGAAACCAGAGGGAGAAUUUGAACAGCCGAAACAUGAGGAGUGGCGACCAGCUGAACGUCAAACUCCAAAGAAACCUCAAGAUAACCUGAGACCUGAAGGGGAAUUUGAGAAGCCCAAACAUGAUGAAUGGCAGCCAGCUGAACGUCAGAUACCUAAAAAACCCCAAGAUAACUUGAAACCGGAAGGUGAAUUUGAAACGCCAAAGCAUGAUAAAUGGAGACCAGCUGAAAAACGUCAGCCAAGUAAACCUAAGGAUAACUUAAAACCAGAGGGAGAAUUUGAGCAACCAAAACAUGAUCAGUGGAGACCAGCUGAACGUCAAACACCGAAAAAACCACAGGAUAAUCUCAAACCAGAAGGUGAAUUUGAAACGCCAAAACAUGAUAAAUGGAAGCCAGCUGAAAAACGUGAGCCAACUAAACCUAAAGAUAAUUUGAAACCAGAGGGAGAAUUUGAACAACCAAAACAUGAUGAGUGGCGACCAGCUGAACGUCAAACUCCCAAGAAACCACAGGAUAACCUAAGGCCUGAAGGGGAAUUCGAAAAGCCCAAACAUGAUGAAUGGCAGCCAGCUGAACGUCAGACACCUAAGAAACCCCAGGAUAACUUGAAACCGGAAGGUGAUUUCGAAACACCGAAGCAAGACAAGUGGCGCCCAGCUGAAAAACGUGAGCCAACCAAACCAAAGGAUAACUUGAAACCAGAGGGAGAAUUUGAACAACCCAAACCUGAUGAGUGGCGACCAGCUGAAAAACGGGAACAGACCAAACCUAAAGACAACUUGAGACCUGAAGGAGAAUUUGAAACGCCAAAGCAUGAUAAAUGGAGGCCAGCUGAAAAACGUGAGCCAACUAAACCUAAAGAUAAUUUGAAACCAGAGGGAGAAUUUGAACAACCGAAACAUGAGGAGUGGCGACCAGCUGAACGCCAAACUCCAAAGAAACCUCAAGAUAACCUAAGACCUGAAGGGGAAUUUGAGAAGCCCAAACAUGAUGAAUGGCAGCCAGCUGAACGUCAAACACCUAAAAAACCCCAAGAUAACUUGAAACCGGAAGGUGAAUUUGAAACGCCAAAGCAUGAUAAAUGGAGACCGGCUGAAAAACGUGAGCCUACUAAACCAAAGGAUAACUUGAAACCAGAAGGAGAAUUUGAACAACCCAAACAUGAUGAGUGGCGACCAGCUGAAAAACGGGAACAGACCAAACCAAAAGACAACUUGAGACCUGAAGGAGAAUUUGAAACGCCAAAACAUGAUAAAUGGAGGCCAGCUGAAAAACGUGAGCCAACUAAACCUAAAGAUAAUUUGAAACCAGAGGGAGAAUUUGAACAACCAAAACAUGAUGAGUGGCGACCAGCUGAACGUCAAACUCCCAAGAAACCACAGGAUAACCUAAGGCCUGAAGGGGAAUUCGAAAAGCCCAAACAUGAUGAAUGGCAGCCAGCUGAACGUCAGACACCUAAGAAACCCCAGGACAACUUGAAACCGGAAGAGGGAGAAUUUGAACAACCCAAACAUGAUGAGUGGCGACCAGCUGAAAAACGGGAACAGACCAAACCUAAAGACAACUUGAGACCUGAAGGAGAAUUUGAAACGCCAAAACAUGAUAAAUGGAGGCCAGCUGAAAAACGUGAGCCAACUAAACCUAAAGAUAAUUUGAAACCAGAGGGAGAAUUUGAACAACCAAAACAUGAUGAGUGGCGACCAGCAGAACGUCAAACUCCCAAGAAACCACAGGAUAACCUAAGGCCUGAAGGGGAAUUCGAAAAGCCCAAACAUGAUGAAUGGCAGCCAGCUGAACGUCAGACACCUAAGAAACCCCAGGAUAACUUGAAACCGGAAGGUGAUUUCGAAACACCGAAGCAAGACAAGUGGCGCCCAGCUGAAAAACGUGAGCCUACUAAACCAAAGGAUAACUUGAAACCAGAGGGAGAAUUUGAACAACCCAAACAUGAUGAGUGGCGACCAGCUGAAAAACGGGAACAGACCAAACCUAAAGACAACUUGAGACCUGAAGGAGAAUUUGAAACGCCAAAGCAUGAUAAAUGGAGACCAGCUGAAAAACGUGAGCCAACCAAACCUAAGGAUAACUUGAAACCAGAGGGAGAAUUUGAACAACCAAAACAUGAAGAGUGGCGACCAGCUGAACGUCAGACACCUAAGAAACCACAGGAUAAUUUGAAACCGGAAGGUCAUUUUGAAACACCAAAGCAUGAUAAGUGGCGUCCAGCUGAAAAACGGGAGCCUACCAAACCAAAGGAUAAUUUGAAACCUGAGGGAGAAUUUGAACAACCAAAACAUGAAGAGUGGCGACCUGCUGAACGUCCGACACCUAAAAAACCUCAAGAUAACUUGAAACCAGAAGGUGAUUUUGAAACACCGAAGCAAGAUAAGUGGCGUCCAGCUGAAAAACGUCAUCCUACCAAACCAAAGGAUAAUUUGAAACCUGAGGGCGAAUUUGAACAACCAAAGCAUGAUGAUUGGCGACCUGCUGAAAAACCGGAAGUUAAAAAACCUAAAGACAAUUUAAGGCCCGAAGGAGAAUUUGAAAAACCAAAACAUGACGAAUGGAAACCAGCCGAGCGUCAGACUCCAAAGAAACCUCAAGACAACCUUAAACCUGAAGGUGAGUUUGAAAAACCCAAGCAUGACGAAUGGCGACCAGCUGAACGUCAAACACCCAGGAAACCUAAAGAUAAUCUUAAGCCUGAGGGUGAUUUUGAAACACCUAAACAUGACGAAUGGAAGCCGGCUGAAAAACGAGAACAGACAAAACCUAAAGAUAACUUGAAACCUGAGGGAGAAUUUGAAAAGCCAAAACAUGAGGAAUGGAAACCAGCCGAACGUCAAACACCUAAAAAACCGCAAGAUAACCUAAAACCAGAAGGGGAAUUUGAGAAACCCAAACAUGAUGAAUGGAGGCCGGCUGAUCGUCAGACACCAAAGAAGCCUCAAGAUAAUCUUAAGCCCGAGGGUGAUUUUGAAAAGCCGAAACACGACAAAUGGCAACCAGCUGAAAGACAAACACCUAAAAAACCACAAGACAAUCUCAAACCUGAAGGUCAAUUCGAACGACCAGAAAAACCGAAACCUGUUAAAGGAGAACGACCAGUUCAGAAGAAACCAGAAGAUAAUCUGAAACCUGAAGGCGUCAUGAAUGUAGUAAGGCGUACCGAUUACACUGCAACACGGGGUGAUAGAGUCGAUAUUGUCAAGCAUGAAGAUCAUCUCAAAAUGGAAGGCAAAAUUGAUAUUCAACGUUCACGUGAUGAUUAUAAGCGCAUCGAAAAAACAGAGAAAGUUGUUAUUCAGAAAUAUGAAGAUAACUUAAAAACUGAAGGAGAGUUUAUUGACCUUAAAGUUCGUAAUGAUUAUAGCGCAACUAAAGGAGAAAGAGCACCAGUUAUUAAACCUCAGGAUAAUUUGAAACCUGACGGAAAAUUCUACAGACCUGAAGUUGUUCCCUCACAACCAGCAGAAAAAAGAAAACCUUUCAAACAAGUAGAUAACAUUACGAUAGAAAGAGAGAAUGAUUUACGUCAAAGACAAAAAAUAGAACGUGUGGAUAUUAUUAGACGUGAAGAUAAUCUGAAGAUAGAAGGUGAGUUCAUUGAUAUGAAACAGAGGAAUGACUAUAAUAUUAUCAAAGGAGAUAGAACAGCCAUAGUCAAGCAUGAAGAUAAUCUGAAAAUGGAAGGAACGAUGGAGAAUAUUCGUUCUUCAGAUACUUAUCGCGUAGUUAAAGGUCAGAGAGUAAAACUUACUCGCAGGGAAGACAACCUUAAAAUUGAAGGUGUUUUUGAGGAUCACACACGCAGAGAUGACUACAGAAUUACGAAAGGUGAGAGAUCUGCUAUAAUAUACCACCCUGACAAUUUGAAACCUGAAGGCGAAUUUGAAAAACGUCCUGAAAUGAAGGAAAUAGUUUACGAGGAAAGACGAUCACCAAUCAAACAAUCUGACAAUUUGAAACCGGAAGGAACCUUUGAAAGACCUUCUAGACCUAAAUGGUCUAAAGGUGAUAAACCAGAUUUGUCAAAACCCCAAGAUAAUUUACAUCCAGAGGGAGAUUUCGAAAGAAGGCCUAAAGAUCAUUGGCAACCCGGUGAAAGACCAAAGCAGGUUCGCCCUGAAGACAAUUUGAAACCCGAUGGUGAAUUUGAUAGGCACCCUAAAACCCAGUGGCAACCUGGAGAGAUACCUCCUCAAGUUAGGCCGAAAGAUAACUUAAAACCUGAAGGUGAAUUUGAAAAACGUACUAAAACGCAGUGGCAGCCCGGUGAGACACCUAAUCAAGUACGUCCCAGGGAUAAUUUGAAACCUGAAGGAGAUUUUGAUAAACAAACUAAACCAGAGUGGCAACCCGGAGAAACACCUGCGCAAGUGCGACCUAAGGACAACUUGCGUCCUGAAGGUCAAUUUGACAAACGUCCUAAGCAACAUUGGCAACCUGGUGAAACACCUGCCCAAGUUCGUCCUAAAGACAAUUUGAGACCAGAAGGCAAUUUCGAUAGACCUACAAAAUCCAAAUGGACACCAGGAGAUAGACCUGUUCAAGUGAAACCAAAGGAUAACUUGCAUCCAGAUGGUGAUUUUGAAGAUCGCCCUAGGAAUCAAUGGCAACCUGGAGUCACACCGAGUCAAGUACGACCUAAAGAUAAUUUAAAACCCAAAGGCGAUUUUGAUCGUCCAAGUUCCCAAAAAUGGCAACCUGCUGAAAAGUCAAGUCCUAUAAAACCUAAAGAUAAUCUUUACACAAAUGGCCAUAUAACCAAGCAAGAAAAAGUCCAAUCGACUGAAAUUGCUGGAAAAUCUAAAGACACGACUUUGUUCAGACAUGAUGACGAGACUCAUAACGUACAUACAGAACGACAUGUCAAGCAAAGUAGUAUUCAUAAUACAGAGCACAAAACAUCAAAACAUUACCAAUCUGGAACUUCUGUCAAACAUACUCAAUAUGAUUCUACUGAUCACUCUGAAUCUCCGGAAAAAAUCAUUCAUGGAUCUUCUCAUAUGAGCGUCGAUAAGACUCGCAACACGAAAGAUAGAUCAACAACACAAAAUAUUGUAGACAAGAGUACUAUCAAUAAAGCAGAUUCUAGAAACAUUAAGAAUAUUUCUUCAUCUACUGCUACAACCAAAGUGAUAAAGCAGGUGACAGAAAAGAAGUUAAUUGCAGGAAAGUGGGUUAACGUUACCCGUAAUGUUGAAACACACGUCGUUUCUGGUGGUGACACUGGAAGCUCUGAUAUAGUGAAAUCUAAAAAUACUGUGGAGGCCUAUCCAAGACCUGGAUUCCCUAAGGGUGGAGAUAACAGUCAGAGAAUACUGAAUACAGAACAUCAGUCUACCACGUCUACAACGAAUCAAGAUGUAUCCUCUAACCAGCGCCUCCGCCAGGUUACAUCUGAAAGUCAUAUACAAAAAAAUACAGCAAAUAUGUCAAAACAAGAUUAUACAGAACAAAGAGUUAUCCAAUCGUGCAGUACGGAUAAUCGUGUCAAGGGCCAAAUCAUUCGAGAUCAGAAGAUACCUUCUUCACAAAAUACUUCCGAGAACCAAAUAGUCCGUACUUCUAGCGCAUCAUCUCAAGUAUCUCGAGGCAGCCAUAAUGAACAAAACAUAACUCAAGAAACUCGACAUUCCACUUCUGCAUCAAAAGUCAUAGACAGCACUCAACGGACCAUAAAUUCAACAAUUCACGGAGGACAAGCCGAAUAUAUCGCUUCAGAUGGCAACACUACACAUAGAAGUUCAUCAACUACACACAUAGGUAGUAGAAGUCAAGUGAAUAAUCAGACUUCUUCUACUUCAUCACAUUCCCAAUCACAUAGUGUAAACAGAAACCAAUUAAGCGAUAGUGUAACGAAAACCAGCAUCGAGUUUCAGAGAGCAAUGCAUGGUGGUGGAGAAACAAAUACUAUUGUUGAUAAUUCAUCACGAAGUGGAUAUCAUAAACGCACUUCUGAUCUUGUAUCCGAUUCUAAUUCCACCAACGCCGUUCUUCAUCGUAAAGGGGUAACAUCGGCGACAGAAGCACAUCAUUCAAUAAGCUCAACUGCAGCUGCUCAAAGGAAAAGUAUUGGCAAUCUCGCAGAACGUGGUGAAUACAUAAGUAACUCUUCGCACAGUUCCGACAGAAAGAGCAUUAGUUCUAUGCACCGAUCUGCCAGAGACAAUAUGGCAGUGAUCUCACAAUCGGACUCUACAGAUUCACGACGAAGUCAAAAAAGAGACGGACAAUCCACGUUGGUUGUUGAACGACAACCGAGAGUAACUAUUAGAGAUAAUCUUCAGGUGGGUGGAGACUUCUACGGUCAGUCAGAGGCACGUUCCUACGGCAACUUCUCUAGGUCUGAACAUGGACAACGGUCAGAGCGAUCCGAACGCGUGGAAAAAGUCGAACGCGUAACUCGGCAUCAUGGCUCAACUUCUCACUUCGUAUUGGGAGACGGCAGCACAAGCUACAAGCGCGAAUACACAUCACACGUGCAUGGUGUAUGCCCGGCGACUUUAAUUGAGACACCGCGAACGCCAUUCAAACAUACGCGCGACACUCGCGAACAUAAAUUUUAUGCUUCAAAAGUAACUGAAAAAUGA